AAAAAUGAAAAAAAAAAAGGGAUGGAGUAUCAAAAUCUUCAUUUCCUUCCGCAUUUUUUUUUUCUUUCUCGAGAUUUCACUAAUUCUUAUAAUUUUCUUCCGUCACCCCAGUUUGUAAUUCCUCAAAAAAAAAAAAAAGGUCAUUGUCAGGUGGCGUAAGCUGAAGGCUACAGUGAUAUUACACAUCGCGAUUCCAAAGGAAAACCCUACAGAAAGCACCUAAGCGAAAACAAAUCUGUACUUGGGAAUUCGCAAAAUCAAGCAAUGAGCAAGAUACCAUCGACGUACCUGAUAGGUGGAGCGGUGGCGGUGGCUGUGGCGGUAGGGCUGUACCUUGGCGUAGCCAAAAAUGGCAUACCCCCUCAGGGACUGGGACGGGGUUUGUGGAGGAAAAUAAAGAAGAAGAAGAAGGCAGUGCGCGUGUAUAUGGACGGUUGUUUUGACAUGAUGCAUUAUGGCCACUGCAACGCGCUUCGUCAGGCCCGUGCCCUCGGCGACCAAUUGGUGGUGGGAGUAGUCAGUGAUGCCGAAAUCAUUGCAAACAAAGGCCCUCCUGUUACCCCUCUGCACGAAAGGAUGAUCAUGGUGAAGGCAGUCAAGUGGGUGGAUGAGGUUAUUUGCGAUGCGCCGUAUGCAAUCACUGAAGAUUUCAUGAAGAAGCUGUUCGAUGAAUACAAUAUUGACUACAUUAUUCACGGAGACGACCCCUGCGUUCUUCCUGAUGGAACUGAUGCUUAUGCUCUUGCUAAGAAGGCUGGUCGUUACAAGCAGAUUAAGCGCACUGAAGGCGUCUCUAGCACUGACAUUGUUGGUCGGAUGCUUCUCUGUGUGAGAGAGAGAUCAGUUAGUGACAAUCACAAUCAUUCCUCCCUGCAAAGACAAUUCAGCCACGGUCAGGGCCAGAAAUUUGAAGAUGGUGGAUCUGGAAGUGGAACUCGCAUAUCUCAUUUUUUACCGACGUCUCGCAGGAUUGUGCAAUUUUCAAAUGGAAAGGGCCCUGGACCAGAUGCUCACAUAGUUUAUAUAGAUGGUGCAUUUGAUCUUUUUCAUGCUGGACAUGUUGAGAUUCUGCGGGUUGCUCGGGAACUUGGAGAUUUUCUUCUUGUUGGGAUCCACAAUGAUCAAACUGUCAGCGCUAAAAGAGGUGUGCAUCGCCCUAUCAUGAAUCUACAUGAAAGAAGCUUAAGUGUUUUAGCUUGUCGCUAUGUGGAUGAGGUGAUAAUCGGUGCUCCAUGGGAAGUGUCUAAAGACAUGAUCACAACCUUUGACAUAUCUUUAGUUGUCCAUGGAACAGUGGCAGAAAGCAAUGAUUUUCAGAAGGAAGAAGAUAAUCCUUAUGCUGUUCCGAUCAGUCUGGGUAUCUUCAAAGUUCUGGAAAGCCCACUGGACAUUACAACUACCACAAUAAUUAGGAGGAUUGUAGCAAAUCACGAAGCUUACCAGAAACGUAAUGAAAAGAAGGCUGCAAGUGAGAGAAGGUAUUAUGAGGAGAAGACUUAUGUUUCCGGUGACUGAUUGAGUUGAGGCACAUGCAUGGCCGGCCUUUUUUAUUUGGUUGAAGUAGAGCUGAGAAGGAUAUACUAACAUCCAAGAGGUUGCUAGUUGCAUGUGUAUCUGAUCAAUUUUUCCUAGAUAAAAUGCAAUUAAGUUAGCUUUUUAUUCAAAUAUCUGUAAAAUCUAUGGCACUUUUAACCUAUUGUUCAAGUACAACUCUUAUCUUCCUAAUAUAAAUAGCAAUCUUUUUGUCCAGUGUUAUCGUAUUUUGCUAUGCUAAACCUGCUG